GGAAGUGCAGGCCGGAAGCGGCAGUAGCAGAUGAGAUCAUGCAGGAAGAGUCCGAUACUGGUUCAGAAACGAGUUUGGAUCAAAGUUUUCACGUCCUCGUUGGUGUAACCGGAAGUGUCGCGGCUCUGAAACUGCCCGCCCUGGUGUCCGAGCUUCGGCAGCUGUCAGGGGUGGAGGUGAAAGUCGUCACUACAGAACACGCCAAACACUUUUACGACUCUACAGAGGUCCCAGUGAAAAUCUACAGUGACUCAGACGAAUGGGAGCUCUGGACAUGUCGCUCUGACCCUGUGCUUCAUAUUGAGCUGAGGCGCUGGGCUCACCUGUUCGUCAUUGCUCCUUUGGAUGCCAACACUCUUGCAAAAAUCGCAAAUGGAAUUUGUGACAAUCUGCUGACGUGUGUGGUGAGAGCGUGGGACACGAGCCGUCCCCUGCUCUUCUGUCCUGCCAUGAACACCGCCAUGUGGAACCACCCUGUCACUGCGGAGCAUGUGUCCAGACUAGAGGCUUUUGGAUACAGAGAAAUCCCCUGUAUCUCCAAGAAACUGGUGUGUGGAGAUGAAGGUAAAGGAGCCAUGGCGGAGGUGCCCACGAUCGUCUCUGCCAUCAAAGCGUACCUCGUGCCUUCUUCAUGAACCAGAUGAGCCCAAAAACGCAUGACCUAGAGACGAACAGGAGCCUGAACUCACACACUCUCAGUCAACAUUACGACACUGACGCAGAACACAACGCCCCUGGGAUGAGGAAAUUGACUGCUCACUCUGUGACAUCAGCACAAACAGGAUUAAAACUAUAUGAUUUUACUGCCAGCUAAUUAAGGAGAGGAAGCAUUUAGGUUUAUUACUCCUGUGUUAAAUAUUUGCUUUGUCCAAAUAUUUGUCACUGGGUUUGUUAUUAAAAGCUGAACAGUGAAUGUUUUCUACAGCAGAUUAACACAAAAAGGUUUUGAAAAAGUCAACAUUCCCUCAGUAAACAGAAACUUGUUAAACCUGCUCAGUCUUUGGGUCUUUUUAAGCUGCUUGUGUAAAAUUCUUCACAUCUUCUUUGCUAUAAAAAUAUAAAACCCAUGGA